CUUGAGUGUCAUCGUCAGUUGUUUACUUGUAUCUCAUUAUCUAGUAUAGACAGCAGCGUGUGUUUAGUUUAGCUGAAUAUAGCGGUUCCCACAAUUACACGUUUAAUAUAUUAAUCUGACUGAUUGAUUAUCAUUUUAUCAACAGAAUAAGUUUGUAGAUCAUUUAUUAUUUUUGGGCCUGUAUUGAAUGGCUUUCAGUGGGUUAGCUAGCAGCUAGCGCUAACCAUCGUUUUAAAUCCGUCAAACAGCACAACGACAAGGAAACAUGUCGUGUACAUGUGCUUCAGCGGCGAGAAAAUUUAUAAAUUCAGCUCAUAAAGGAAUAUCAGGAGUCCAGUUAUUGUCACUUAGCCGCCCGGGAACACAUGAGGUUCGUCUGGCACGCCGGGUCCCAUUGAGAUCUUUCUCAGAGACUGCUGUGUAUUACGCAUCAAAAGAUGGAGUAAAGGAUGGAGAUGGUGGGAAGAAAUCUGUUGGAGAAGGAAGUGGAAAAAGAACCAGCUCUAGUAACUCAGGCAAAGGAGGAAGUCAACUGCGAUGCCCAAAAUGUGGAGAUCCUUGCACACACGUAGAAACAUUUGUUUCAUCAACUCGCUUUGUGAAAUGUGAAAAAUGCCAACACUUUUUUGUGGUGCUUUCGGAAAGUGAUACUAAGAAGAGUUUGAGUAAAGACCCAGAGUCAACGGCAGAAGCUGUCAAGUUGGCAUUCCAGCAGAAACCUCCACCACCACCUAAGAAGAUCUUUGCUUAUCUCGAUAAGUAUGUUGUGGGUCAGGAUCAUGCUAAGAAGGUGCUUUCGGUAGCGGUGUACAACCAUUAUAAACGUAUCUACAGCAACAUGCCGGCAGGCUCCAGGCAACAGCAGGUAGACGUGGAGAAACAGGCCUCUCUCACUCCUCGAGAGCUAGAGCUAAGACGACGGGAGGAUGAGUACAGGUUUACAAAGCUGCUGCAGAUUGCUGGAAUCAGUCCACAUGGAAAUGCUCUGGGUGCCUCUGUGCAGCAGCAGUUGAACCAGCAGGCUCCUCCAGAGAAGAGAGGAGGAGAAGUCCUGGACUCCACACAUACUGACAUCAAACUUGAAAAGAGCAACAUUGUGCUGCUGGGCCCCACUGGUUCCGGAAAGACACUUCUGGCUCAAACACUGGCCAAAUGCCUGGAUGUUCCCUUUGCAAUCUGUGACUGCACUACCCUUACCCAAGCUGGCUAUGUGGGAGAGGACAUAGAGUCUGUCAUUGCAAAGUUACUGCAGGAUGCUAACUAUGUGAUUGAGAAAGCCCAGCAAGGCAUCGUGUUUCUGGAUGAAGUGGACAAGAUUGGCAGUGUUCCUGGGAUUCACCAGUUAAGGGAUGUGGGAGGCGAAGGUGUACAACAGGGUUUGCUCAAACUCCUGGAAGGCACUAUUGUUAAUGUUCCUGAAAAGAACUCAAGGAAGCUGAGAGGUGAAACUGUGCAAGUUGACACCACCAACAUCUUGUUUGUAGCAUCUGGGGCAUUUAAUGGUCUUGACCGUAUCAUCAGCAGGAGAAAGAAUGAGAAGUACCUUGGGUUUGGAACACCAUCUAACAUGGGGAAAGGUCGAAGGGCGGCAGCAGCGGCCGAUCUGGCCAACAUGACGGGUGGAGAGAUGGACGCAGUGGCUGAGAUUGAAGAGAAGGACCGGCUCCUGAAACACGUGGAAGCCAGAGACCUCAUAGAUUUCGGCAUGAUUCCAGAGUUUGUAGGGCGACUUCCUGUAGUGGUUCCACUGCACAGCCUGGAUGAAGAGACACUGGUGCGAAUUCUCACUGAGCCCCGCAAUGCUGUUGUGCCGCAGUACCAGGCUCUCUUCAGCAUGGACAAGUGUGAUCUCAACGUGACGCCUGAUGCCCUGAGAGCCAUCGCCAGGUUGGCUCUAGAACGUAAAACUGGUGCCCGUGGUCUUAGAUCCAUAAUGGAAAAACUGCUGCUAGAUCCAAUGUUUGAGGUGCCGCAUUCAGAUAUUGUGGCCGUGGAGGUGAACCGGGAAGUAGUUAAGGGACAAGCUACACCUCAAUACAUAAGAGGUGCUGCUAAAGACUCCCCUGAAGAGGAGUAUGAUUCUGGAAUUGAAGAGGAAAACUGGACCAGACAGGUUGAUGCAGCCAAAAACUAAAAUCCUUGUUUAAAGUCAUGCCAUUCAGCUAAAGAAGUCUAAGAUUAUUUGCCACCUCAGUUCUCCUAAGGGUCCAUUUCUCACUGCUUAUGUAUGGUUUAUUAGUCACUUUGGCAAAAUUGUAUUCCUUGAAAACCACCCAUCCCUACCCUUAUCUUAAAGAAAUAUGAAAAACUACCAGAUGCCUGCCUGACACUAUGCAUCCUAUAGACCAGGGGUGGGGAACCCUGCUCCUGGAGGGCCACUGUCCUGCAGAGUUUAGGUCCAACCCUAAUCAGACAAACCUGCCCUUAAAUGUUACAAGUAAUCAAGACCAUGCUUGGUUUCCUCAGGUUUGUCUGAUUAGGGUUGGACCUAAACUCUGCAGGACAGUGGCCCUCCAGGAGCAGAGUUCCCCACCCGUGCUAUAGACGCUGUUAAUAUUAGUGUAAUUUAAAGAGCUUUUUAUUUAAUUCUUAUUAACUUGAUAAUGUGAUUUUUAUGAAUUGUUUGGUUGCCCGGGAAACCAAACAGAGAUCGAAAGUGAGGGGGGCUCAUAAUUAAUGUAUGUAUGAUUUCAGAUUCCUUGUAACACUUUGCCCUGCUUGGAAUAAAAUUAAACAUUUGUGUCACACUGGUCAAGUUGCUACAUAGAGAGGUCAUGAAGCCUGUAAAGGAGUGUAUUUCUUUUCACAAUCACUCUUGACUGUACACAAGGUCUCCCGAUACCUCCUCCAGUUAAAUAAUUUUUAGUUUUGAAACACAUUUACAAACGUCUAUAUAAAGAAUCUUCAUAAGCCUCAAGAUGCAGAAUUUUAUGUCUCUUGAGUAGACUUAAAUUUUGGCAAAUUAAAAAAUGUUUUCAAAGUGCUUUUGAUUGAAAUAUGUUUUAUGUCCAGUUUGCAAUCACUGUCUUGCUGCUAUUUAUGCAGUGUCAAGGUUCAAGAGAACUCCAUUUGAUAAAAAUGAUUCUAUAAUUAUGCACAAAUGGGCUAAAUAGUAUAAGAUUUAUGUUUCAGCCACUCCCAAAAAAUUUAAACCAGUGACAGUUUUUUCCUUCUAAAUUAAUUGCUCCCUUUGUAUGGUGAUCCAAGAUUUUAACUUCCAAGGUAAUUCAUAGCAAAGUCCUUUUUGUUCAUGGUUAGUGUCUGUCCUUGGACAUAGGGAUAAUGUACAUUUCCUUAAAUUUUGUUGGAAAAAAUAUGUAUUUUGCCUUUUAUGUUAUAGAAUAUACUUACAAGGGGUACACUAACAAGGUGUUGUGUCUGUAUAGAGAGAA